UUGAGCCUCGUCAGUGCAAUGGGACAGCAAUCGGCAUGGCGCAGUGGUGAGCCGCGGCGCCGCUGUUGACACCAGGAUGAGGCGCACGUUGGCCCUGGUGUGGUUGGCGGUCACCACCACACUACUACGGCCCGCCGACCGCCCCAUCCCCUUCGUCCUCGCCGGAACCGGCGGAGGAAGUAUGUUAGGAGACGUAAACAUAUCCGCCAUUUUGGAUUCGUUUAGUGUCAGUUACGAUAAAAGAGUAAGACCGAACUAUGGAGGCCCCCCGGUGGAGGUUGGAGUAACCAUGUACGUGCUCAGUAUUAGCUCCGUUUCGGAAGUCCUCAUGGACUUCACCCUCGAUUUCUACUUCAGACAGUUCUGGACCGAUCCACGACUGGCGUUCCGGAAGCGGCCGGGCGUCGAGACGCUGAGCGUCGGAUCUGAGUUCAUCAAGAACAUCUGGGUGCCCGACACGUUCUUCGUGAACGAGAAGCAGUCCUACUUCCACAUAGCCACUACCAGCAACGAGUUCAUUCGGAUACACCACUCUGGCAGUAUCACUAGGAGUAUAAGAUUAACGAUCACAGCUUCCUGUCCCAUGAACCUGCAGUACUUCCCUAUGGACCGACAACUGUGCCACAUUGAGAUAGAAAGCUUUGGGUAUACCAUGAGAGAUAUCCGCUAUAAAUGGAAUGAGGGUCCAAAUUCGGUUGGCGUGUCGAAUGAAGUGUCGCUGCCCCAGUUUAAAGUGCUGGGUCAUCGGCAGCGGGCAAUGGAAAUUAGCCUCACCACAGGAAACUAUUCGCGACUGGCGUGCGAGAUCCAGUUCGUGCGUUCGAUGGGCUACUACCUCAUCCAGAUCUACAUUCCGUCGGGGCUGAUCGUCAUCAUAUCGUGGGUCUCGUUCUGGCUGAACCGGAAUGCGACACCGGCACGAGUGGCACUCGGCGUCACCACCGUGUUGACCAUGACCACGCUCAUGUCAUCCACCAACGCCGCUCUGCCCAAGAUCAGCUACGUCAAGUCGAUUGACGUCUACCUGGGAACCUGUUUCGUCAUGGUGUUCGCGUCGUUGCUCGAGUACGCAACAGUGGGCUACAUGGCGAAACGGAUACAGAUGCGAAAGAACCGAUUCAUGGCGAUCCAGAAGAUAGCCGAGCAGAAGCAGAAGGAGGCGGCACACCCGCCAGGGCACCCUGGGCACGGCGACCCCCAGGAUCAUGCGCCCAAGCAAACAGCGACCCGCUACAAAACGCACGACUCGAAAGGCCACUACAAGAGCGGUCUGGCCGGGGGCGGCGGCCUAGGCGGGGGCGGCACCCUCGACAACCGCACCAACGGCCGUCCCACCGACAAGGAGGCGGUAGUGCCACCUCCACCGCCUCCGCACCUCAACCGCUCCGAGCGCGAACUGAACAAGUUGUGCGGCAUUUCGCCCAGCGACAUCGACAAGUAUUCCCGCAUCAUGUUCCCCGUCUGCUUCGUCUGCUUCAACCUCAUGUACUGGAUCAUUUACCUGCACAUUAGUGACAUCGUGGCCGACGAUAUUGUGCUGCUGGAGCCGGAUAAGUAAGGAGGCCGCAGGCGGAUAAUCGAGGAAACGAAGAAACGAAAAACGUUUGGAGGACAACGAAAGAAACGAGGAGGUAACUAUUGUCUACAGAAUGAAGGAGGAAUCGAAGUGAAUAACUAAGAAACAAAGAAUGAACUGUGAAAGGAAUGAAUUUAAAAUUUCACAUCAGCUUUCAUCUAGACAGGGAAAGUAGAGACGGAAAGUUACUGGUUGCCAGUGCCUUUCGUAGCAUCACUUUCCAUUUAGACGAAUGCUUGGAAAGCUACUGACGGCUAGUAGUGCCUUUCAUUACGUCACUUUCCAUCAAUUUCCAUUAACACAGCGAUGUAUAAUGAUAAAUGAGAAUUGGUUGAAUGUAACUUGAUGAAAACCACUAUCCUCCAGUAACUUGCCGUCUUUACUUUCCCUGUCUAUAAGCCGCUGAAGAGUCCCAUUACAUUAUCAAAUACCUAUUUUAUAAGACGGAUCCGUAUUUCUAGGUUUUUUUAAUCAAAAUAACACCUAAAAAAUCAAUCUAUGCUUGAUCUGACGUGUCAGGAAUUCAAAAAUAAAUUUGAACUCGUUGAGUUGGUACAAGUCACGGUGGAACAAAUCAGAACGUACAAAGGAUUUGCUUAAAAUUUUCAAGAACUGAUGACAACACACUGUGACUUUGGCAAAAAUCAGUGACUGUCAAUUUGACCAGCCUUAUUUAUUAGUGAACUGAUUCCCUAUUGAAUAAGUAUUGGACUAUGCGCCCCAUUACACAAUCAAAUAUUUUAUGAAAGGUCUCAGAGCAAAAAUCUUUGAUAGUGUGAUGGUUAUCAUAGUUUUAUUCAAGUCUAAUAGAGAAAAUCAAAUCCCAAAAAUAAAAUAGAUCUAAUAGGAUCACAAAAAUAAAAUUGUAUAUUUUAUUGCCUAUUCGACCUGUAUUAAAUUGUGGAACCCAUUGCCUACACGUUUUAUCAAAUAUUUCAUUAUAAAAAUUUGAUUGUGUAGAGUGUAGGGGGUUACGAACAUAGUCUUGGACUACUCCAAUAGCUAAUCGGAUCUUUAAAGAAGAUUGUGAAACAUCUUUGUCAAUGCUAGGAAAUAUUUGAUCGUGUAAUGGGCCCCAAGCAAUGAGCAGGAAACUGUAGAAGCAUAACUGAAACUGUAGGAAAUAAACUGAAGACUGUAGAAAAUGAACUGAAAAUCAAUGUAGGGAAUACGUUGCAAGUUGAAACAAACUGCAAAUUGUGGGAAACGUUCUGCAAAUUUUGAAAAACGAACUGUUUCCUCUUGCGGAGUGCAGACGGUAUAUCACCCAACAGUGUUUCAAUAGGUAGUGAAGCAGUUCUUCAUUUAUUAUUAUUUCUGGUAGAAAUCUCUAGUCAUCUCUCUCUACACUUCCCGAAAAAAGUUGUUGUGAAUCUCUGAUUGUACUUUUCUCUAACAUUUUGUCUUUAUUGUAGCCAAACUCAGCAUUUUUUAUUGAUUUUAAAGCAUUACCUAUUCUUAUCCAACUCUCGGUUUUUAUGGACUUCUGUUGAGAUCUAAUUUAUUGUAUGACUAGAUUAGAUUGUGUUUCUAUCAAUCUCUUAUUUUAUGAAAACUUUUAUCUGUAGCCUAUUCUCAUGUAGGCCUAGGUACUAAUUUGUAUCUUGAUUUGUAAGCAUUUAAUGCUUCUUUCUUGGAAAAUUUGUGUAUUCGAGUAAUUACUUAUUUGUAUCUUCAUUUUUUAGAUUUCAUAUUCAAACCUCAAUCCUUGAGGAUUUAAUUAAUGCUAGGCUAUUUUAUAACAACAAUUCGUUCCUUGAUUUUUUAGCGCUCAUAUUUUUUACAGUUUAUCAAUUUAUAAUUUGACCAGACCUUUAUCCCAUAAAAUGAGGAUUUCAAUAAAUACUAACUUACAUUCCUAUAUUUUCAGCGAGAAUAACAAGAUUUUCGUAAUAUGAAUAUUGGUGUGGAAUAUAAAUAACAUUGAUGAAAGGAAGUAUUAUUUCAGAAAAAUUUGGAAAAAAGGUGGUGAAGCCAUCGUUAAUAAUUAUCAAAAAAUAUAUUAUUGGGAGUUGACAGAUGAAUAAAUUUUAUGUAUACGUACUGGAUAAGAAAUAUAAAAGAGAUGGAAGCUAUCUUAAGAAUGUCGGAAACGACUUUAAAUUGUUAUUGCUAUUAUUAUAACAAAUUGUUUAUCAAUUGUUGAAGUUUCUUGAUUAUUUUUUGUUAAAUAUUUACAAAAAUAAUUUAUUCAUGCUUCUAAGCACAAAGUUAUAGUUGUUUAAUCAAAUUAGUAUAAAAAAUAUAACUAUGUUUUAAUAGUUGUUUGAUAUUUUUCCAUUCUAAAUGAACAUUACAGUAUAGAGUGUUUACUAAAAGAUUAUCAAAUGAUGUGAUUAUGACAAAUAUUUUUUCUAAAACUGUUGGUUUUAUCGUUCAAGACGGUUAAAUUGAAUUCUAUGAUAUUGUUUCAUUGAUGUUGUUCAACAGUAAUUGUUAUUGUUGAGAUGUAGGUAGAGAUUAUUCUAAGUUGUCAGAUAUGAUUUGUAUUCCAAUAUUUUUCAUAAGAUAAUUAUGUACUGUAUUGAAUUUUGCAAACUUUGGUGGAAGGUAUUUUAUUCAUAGUUCAAACUCGUACGUUUCAAUAAGUUACCAUUUCCAAAUGAUUUUGAUGGCAAUAGUCGUUUUUCACUAUAUUUCUAUGUUGAUAAGUGAGUAAAUAUGGAAUGUAGUCUAUAUGGACUUUGUGAUUGUAAUGAUUCUAAAAUCUAAAGAUUUAUGUCAACAUUUUAGUUCACUAUUAAAAAAAUUAAUUAAAAUUGAUACCUAAUAGAAAAUUCAUGUUCAUCAAUCCAAUAAAGUAUUUCCAUUCAAUUGCUGUACCUGUAAUGAUUUCGGGGUAGUUGCUCCUCGAUACUUGUAAUUAAAGUAACUGAGUAACUACAAAUACGUUAGGAAAUACUUCCAAGUCUUCUAUUGCAAAGUUUAACUGUAUGCAUGAUAUCAUACAAAUUGCGAUACAUUUGUUUUACUGGAACAAGCUUCACGAUAUGAAUCUUUGUAAAUAAGUACCUAAUUAAAUUGACAUACCAUACCGAACUAUUGACCAUAAGUUUUAUUAUUUAUGCAAUAAAAACUUUCGUAGCCUAACUGAUGACAACCAUGUCAAUAGCUAUUAAAAUAACGAAAUGUAAUAAAAGAUAAAGUUACCAUGUAUCCAAUUAUAACUACUGUAUAAUAACUUAAACAAUGAUGAUACCGGUAUAUAUUAUCAUUGAGGUUUGUACUCGACAAACUUCUGUAGUAAGAUUCUGUUUGAACUGGCAGAAUUGCUCGAAUGGGAAGCAUUGAUGCUAUUCAUAACAAAUUCUGUCAGUUCAAGGUGAAUCUCACUAUAUGUAUAUUCAUUACCUGUAUUGCAAAGUAAAGCAUGCACUGUCAAAGUAAUAAUAACUAAUUAUUAUUGUAAUAUUAAUUAAUAGAAUAAAGCAGACGUCGGUGUUGGUUAUAAUUGUGAAGAGGAAACGUGACGAAAAUGAAGUUGACUGUGAUUGGACAACGCUGUUCGUGUGUGCGCGCGUGUGUGAAAGGUGCCUGCUACAAGAACUCUAACGAGACUAAAAAAUGUCUAAUUCUAUUCUAGAAUUUAGAAUUUCAAACGCUUCUUCGCAGGUACGAAGCACCGACCUGAUUUCAGAUUCUAAAUAAAUAUAUUUUAUGCACAUAAAAAUUCAAUGAGGCGAGGUUGAUGUGACUAGUGUGUUAAUAUUAUCUAUAUGUAGCCGAUACAAAUAUACAAUUAAAAGCCCGGUUGUGAUUAACAAGACAAAAAAAAUUGCCAGAGAGAGAAGAAAGCAGCGAAAAAUAUUGAUCGUUAGGUUUGUAGAUGAGAGAGAACGCGAUGAUUUUUUUCUGAGUUGAAUAAUAAUGAUUGAGAGCAAGGAAGUAAAUAAUAAACCAGUGUAUGUAUCUUUUGUGUACAACAUAAUAAUAUAAUAUAAAAUAAAAUAAAAAAACAAAAAGUGUAUGAGUGAUAGAAAAAAACAUGUGAAGUGUAAAUAUAAUCUAGAGAGUAUCUUAGAAAUUCAUAAUGAACAAAGACAGCAAUUAUUAUAUUCCAUCAAACUGAACACAAUUCGACGUUAAUGAAUAAUUAUUUAAAAAUAUAAUACAAUAAAAUUAACAGAGUGAAUACAAUUAUAAUGUGAAUGAUGAUACCCAUAGGGAAUCUGAUAUUAUUGGUGCUCCUAAACUCUUUACAUCCUGUGUUGAUUUUGGAAGAUUUCAAUCAAAGUAGGUAGGCUCCUAUUCACAACAGUCCUUUUGGUAUCCGAUAUGAAUAAGCUAUAGCUAUCGAAAUAUUCAAUUACCAUCAAAUACCUACUCACACAUCUAUAAGUACCUACUUCCUGUACUUACUUAUGUAGGCUACUCCAUAAACUAAUGAUCUUCAUAUACUUACGUACUAUAUUAUGGACUACCUAAUUUUCCAGCUUUUUUUCUGCAUAAGACUUGACAGUCUCUAUUGUUCGAUCCUUUUUUGGAAAAUCUAUCUUUUUCCAAUCUUGCCGAUAAACAAACUCAAAUAAUUACAACAGUAAUUUACUCACUUCCAAAAUAAAUGUGGAGUAUUAAUUACUGUAACUUCCCUCUAACAAUGAAAUUUCUAAUGCAAUAGAUCAUCUUAAAAAACGUCUAAUCGGUGAUUUAAUCUAUCUGCACUGGAAUGUCCCAUUUGAUACUGUACUUGAUGCAAUGAUGGAAUAGCUAUUGAAUUGUAUUCAAUCAAAAAUACAAAACGUGUAACUCUCCUCCCUGCUAAUGUGGCAUUUUAUUACCAUCUAAAUUUUAAAGAAGAUAAGUACUCUGUUAAACAAUUUUUUUUGAUGUUAUACAUAUUCGAUAUCUAUGAGAAACAGACUAAUACAGCACAUAAAAUAUGAUAGCCGCAAUAUUAUAUUAUUGUUAGCCAUCAUGAUUCUCUUUUCAGUAUUUUAAUGUUUAUCUAGCCAAAAUUCCAAUGAGCAUCAAUUCACAUUCACAAUUUGACAUUUUACAAGUGAUAAAUAAUAAUGUUGAACGGAAAAAAUUUGAAACACUCACUCAUUUUAAAACGAAAUAUUCAUUUUUAUAGAACAAUAAUAAUUAUUUCAGUAUUAAUUGUAUGCCGAUAGUUUUUUAAAAUUGAUAUUUUAAAUGUACAGUUACGGUAUAUAUAUAUGGAUAGUAAUGGAGCACUUAGUGAAUUAGAUUUUAGCACGAUAUAUUUCUCAUCUGCAAUAUUGAUUGUUUUUAUACUUCUGAUAUAAUUGUAAAAUUCUUCGAAAAAUAAUGCAAAUUAUAUCGUAUAUGAUAGAAAACUAAUUAUUUUAAUAUCAUCACUACAGAAUGACUGUAAUAUUAUUGAAGCUACUGUAAGAACUUUGUUCAUUUCUCAGCAGAGCAGAUGGAGCCGGAGCCCAUAUUUAGGAAUCAUGAAAAAGCAAUUCGUAGCUAACUUUUAGAUCAGCCCAUGUUAGGACUAGAUGUAUAAGUUAAUAGUUGAUACUUUGAAAAUAACUUAAUGGUUGUGUUUUAAAAAUUAUAUUAAAAAACUAAAAACAGAUUCUAAAUUAAGAUGAGUUCAUAUAGCUAAUAUAAACACAAACUUUAAUGUAGUUGUAAUGAUAGGUUUGUAGAAGGAUAUAGGACUGAUGGAUAUGACUGGCAAGACGAUUUAUUUUCAGAUUUCAGAUUAAAUUUCUUCUUGCAUCUCAUUUAAUUUUUAAUGGUUUGUUUUUUAAUUUAUAGGAACUUUUGAAAAACUCAAUUAAAAUUUGUUCUAAAUUUUAUUGAUGUCACUUCAAUAAUACAUUUCUGUAAACUACCUAUUAUUUAAGCUUUAUUACUGAACUCUUAAAAAUUGAUAUUUCAACUCUUUUAAAAGUGUCAAUUUCCUUAUAAGUAUAUUGGCCUGGAAUUAUUUAUCAAUAGUGAGAUGUGGCAAAUACUUUCAACUCUCAUUCCAAAAGUGUUCAUUACUCUCUACUGCCGUUCUACAAUAAUUAACUGGCGCCAUAAAAUUAUGGGAUACCAGCUAAUCACUUGUAUUUCAACACUUUUGGAAUAAUUCCAAUAGACAAAGUAUAGCUUACACGGUUUAGAACUAUUGAUCUAAAUCAUAAGUUGACUUCUAUUUUCAAAGCAAUAUCUGUACAAAAUUGAAGAUGAGCGCUUUAUAACUUAGAUUAAAUUAGUCCUUCAAAUUUCUUACUGUUGUCAGAAUAUAUUUGUUUUUUUUUAUAAAGAUGAAAUAAUGUUAAUACUGCUGACAUAACACAAAUCGCCGGUGACUUGAAAGUAGUAGGAAUUAUUGAGAACGAUUUGGAAGCCCUUUGAUAAUUUAUUCUUGAAAAAGAAUAAGGAAAUCACAAGAAAGUCUUGAAUUCCAAUUGAUAAAUAAAUUUUUGGAAUAAUUUUCAAGGACAGUUUUCUCAAAAUCGUUGUAAUAUAGGCCUAUAGCUUGAAAAGAAUAGAAUGUGACCUUAAAAAUACGAGAAGUGAAGAUUCUAGAUCUAAACCAGAACUAUACCGGUACCGGUACUAAUAUAUUAUAAGAAUUUUAUUUCCUCUUCAAUUAUCUUCCAAUAUUGCAAACGGUACUAAUAGUACAUGUUUUAUUAUUUUUCUCAAGGCCAGUUUUAGGAAUCUAGUAUUGAUUAUAGCGUUGAUUGAUCAGUAUUGAGCAGUAUUGAUCAGCAGUAUCUUGUCUUGGUAGACAGUACUAUUAAUGCAUUGAUUUGAGUUUUUCUUUUUGAAUACUUUAUACAAGAGUUCCUUAUGUACAAUAAUAUAGUCCAAAUUAUAAAAAAGGAAGAAUCAAUGAGUUUGAAUUACAAAACUGCAUUAUUGAUAAUAUGUUAAAUUAAUGUGAAUGAUCCAAUGCAAUUGAACUAUCUUGGUAUCACUUCUGCAAUAAAAUACAACGGUUCAAGUUAAGAAAAAGUACUUAUUGUGAAGAGUUAAUGAAUUCACAUUAGUAUAGGCCUCCUACAUUACAUGCCAAUAUGUAGGCAUAUUUUGAUCUUGGAGUUUUGAAUUUAUUAAAUGUAAUGCUGAAAAAUGCAAUAUAGAAGAAACGAUCUGGAUUCAAUUGUGUAAUAUGAAUUAUUAAUAAAAUAAUAAUUCUUUGUCUCUAAUACCAAUGUGAAGUUUUGAAGAACUCAAUUCGAACUAGAACUGUCUUGGUCUCAAAUCUGCAAUAAAGAAAACAUUUUUUUUAACAGAAUAGAAUGUCAGUUGAAUUUCACAUCAUCUUGAUUCCGAUUCUCUAACGAAAACCAUAAUCUCUUUUCUUAAUAAGCUGUGUUAUGUUAACACAUUAUUUUGUUUUUAUGUGUAUGUGUUAUGUCAGUUGUAUUGGCACUAUUUGGUGCCAAGAAUCCGUUGAGUAUGAUUUUCAGUGACGAUUCGUCUCAUUGCUCAAUUGUUCCUUGAUGCGUAACGGAGUCCAACUUGCUAAAGGUGCUUGCCAUGUCUGUGUAACGAUUAGCAUAGCAAUAUUAAAUGUACUAUCUUAUCUCAUUAGAAAUGCAGAAAUAUGGGUCAGAGUUAUAUGCAUUAGUGUAUGAGUCUGACUGAACUUUUUGUGAUCUAAUAGGGGUACCAAUAUUGUUGCAGCUGGUCUUGAUUGAAUCAUUUUUCUACAAGAUUAAGUAUUCAACAGAUUUCCAGGUUUUAGGAGUUCUCGCAGUACCAAAAAGUGAGAGGAACCCAAGUUCCUGAUGAAUGAGUUUACCAUCGCGUUUCGAUCUAACAAUAAAUUGAAGUGUAUUUGUAUUCAUUCAUCAAUACAGUUACAAAACAUAUAAUAGAGAUAUGACUGGGCGAUAUUCAUACUGGGCUUCAUUUAUUUACUAGAUAAAAUAAGAGUCGUUGCAUCUUAAAUAUUCAGAUUCUAAUUAACUGACAAGUUUUCAAAAAUGAAUAGAGCAGACAUCAAUAAUAUUAUACUUCAAUCAUAUUGAAAAUUGACCACUGGCUAGAAGAAUAAUCUUCAAUAUUGUAAUAUGAUGAUAUGAUUUAUAAAAUUGAAGUUUUAUACAUACGGUACUCGAUGCUGUAGGAUAUUAGAGGAGGAUUGAGAGGCCCUAUUUCGUCUCAACAUCACCUUACAAUAGCAAAAUAAAGAAGACACAAAGAUGUGGUCAUCUAUUACAAAUUUUAAUUUAAUAAAUUAUCAACUACUGUGUGAGAAAUAAUAGAACAAAGUUUGAAAACUUUUAGAAACGUUUAUUAGUGUUAUGGUAUUUAAUGGGCUAAUGAAGAACAAAACCAAUAAACGUCAAAGUGAUGGAAGAAGUCUAUUGAGCAGUUUUUUGGAAGAACUUGAUAGGAAUGAUCCAAUCAAGAUCAGCAACAACGUGAUGAGUUCUCUGUGAAAGGUCAUGAUAAAUAAUCAAUGAUAACUUGUAAAUUUCAUGUAUAUUAUGUAUGUGAGCCAUAUAAACUCAUGCAUAAAUUUUAAUCUCGUUUGUAACUCACAGGCGUCAACAUAUUCAGCCUCUCCUCACAACAACACGCAGCAUUAAAAUAUUGUUUUUUAACAAUACUAGAUAGAAAUGUAGUUGAUAUUAUAGAUUAUAUAGAUUUCUUCAAUCAUCAUCACUUUCCUGACAUCAAAAUCAAAUCGUUAUUUGAUUAAUUCAGAAUAUAUACGACGGCAGAUAAUAAUGAAAGGUUUUAUAGUAGGCCAGUUCCAUUCACAAUCUCACACAAAACUGCUAUCUCUCAAUCACUCACUCACUUUUUCUCUAACGCUGUCUCUUUCUCUCUUGCUGUCCACUUCUUUCUCUUCCCAAAGUACCAAUAUUUCCUCUGUUACUUUCAAGAAGCAUCCACACUGCGAUAUAAGUACAAAAUUAGAGUCAAUGGUGAACUGUUUAGUAGAGAGUUCUCUUCCUCUAGAAAACAAUUUUUUAAUGAAUGAAAUAAUCUAUUAUAUUACUUUUCUUUCAUUAGUGUUUGUUCCAUUUUCUAAAAUUAUUUAAAGCCUUCAUUGUGAUUAGAUAUUUUUUUGAAUAUCUUUCAGCCUUCAAGAUAGAGAUUGUUUUUGAAAUUUCAAUUCGAAUUCACAAGGAUUAUUUUCCCUGGGUUACAUUCAAUCAGUAUAGCUUGUUGAAAAGUGAGUAUAUAGCAGAAUUUAUUGCAAUCCUUACUCAGAAUGCCUGAAGAAAUGCGAGUAACUUACUCAAAUGCUACAACAUCUAUGAUGACUUCAUAAAUAAAUAAAAUAUUCUCUAAAUAUCAUCUUAUCGCAAAGAUUCGCUGGUAUGACUUUGAAAAUUACUUCAUGGUGAGAAGACAUCCAAAGUUGUAGAUUCACCCAUCUCUCAUCUCCAUCCCUCACAUAAGGCUACUCAAGCACAAGCCUGGAGCUCAUUUGGGAAUCACCAUCAGCAGAAGAAUGAUAUCGUAUUCAAUACAAUACAGUUUGUUUAAUCGAAUCCUACAGAGGUUGAGUAUGAGUCACAGUUUGAAUAGUUGAGUUGAUUUGAAGGUACUGUAGUUGUAAUUAAAAUGUAAUUGUUUUAGAGGAAAAGAGUGCUCUUUACCUUGAGGUUCACAAUUGACAAACAAGAACGGUACACACUGUCUUACACAAAUACACUCAAUUAACUGACACUUUCAUUCAUAAAUUGACUCUCAUUCAUAACUUCAAAUAUGCUCGUAAACUUCCUACGAGCUGCUACCAUCACUUCCAAACGAUGUAUUUGUAAAUCAUUACUGUAAAAAUCUAGACGAGUAGGCAGAUUAUGAAUAUUCUAAACUAUAUAUUUCACAUAGCUCAAUACAAAAAUUGAGUAUCCUCGAAUUUUGUAGGAUACCAGACGUCUUACAAAACACCCUUGACUCAACACAUCUCAUAUUAUGAAACAGACACUUAUUGUAGCCCUGAAACAAGUAAGAUAUACAUAUAACCAUUUUAUAUAAAAUCAUAUAAAAAUAGUAUGUUCACAAUGCUCAAUGGAUUAAUAAAAUAUAUAUGUAUUGGUGUUACAUAUGAAGUGCUGGGGACGCGCUCAUAUCUAACAAUAUAUGUAUAUGGCACACUGUAAUAUGCGCCAUGCUUGCUAUCUAUAGUUAUAUGUCAAUUACCUUUGGUUAUAUUGAAUAUUCAGAUCAACACUACAUAAUAAAGCAGUGUAACUCUAAAUUUAUUUAUGUGCUUCAAUUUUUUAUUUUUGAAGAUAAAUUAUUUACUGUAUUGAAAUUCUAUUGCAGAUCACAUCCUCUUACGAAACAUACCAACUAAUUUUUUCCAAAUAUGAUAUCAUGAAAAAUGCACAUUAUCUAACUGUAUCAAUCUGUAAUUCAUUUUUUUGGAAGAUAGUAGCCUAUCUGAACAUAUUAAUUCAUAAGCGAAGUAGGUAGGCCUACCGUACAUAACAUCUUUUCAUAAAAGAGUCUUACGUACCGGUAGGCUAAUAUUAUAUUCAUUUAAAAUGAAAGGUUUUUAAAACAAUUUAUAUACUCAGAAUAAUUCUCUUCAAUGUUUGUUUCCAUUAAGAACUCCUUGUUAAUUAUCACUUUUGAACAAUAUAGCUUUUAUUUAUAAAUAUCUGACUGCUAUGUCGUAAUUUAAUUGUUCAAAAGUGAUCAGAAUAAUAGAUUAAAUAAGAUUAGCCUACAAUUACUGUGAGUUAAUUGAUAUCACCUACCUAAUCUACAUUUAUUGUAGAAACUUCAAUGAAUUAAAUAUUUCACCGUCAAAUACUAUGGAAAAUCAAGCUAUAAGUUACAGAACUUUAAGGAAUAAGUUCCAUAAGGAGGGUGCUAUUCUUUAUUGGAGUUGAUUGCAAGUAGCUUCUAAAGAAUUCUAAAACUUGAGAUUAUAGGCUACUCAAUAGUAGUUGAUUUAUUUUAAUACUUAUGUAUUUAUUAUAUUGAAAAUUGUAUAUCGUAUUUAUGGAUUAUGAAUUACAGUUUGAUCAAUGAGUUGAAUGAAUCCUCUAUGAAUUCUUCGCAUGAUUUCAAAUAAUGAAGCAGAUCAUUAAAUUUAAAAAUUUUCCUCUUCUGAUUAAUAGGUACUCAGUUCUAAAGUAAAUUAUAAAGGUUUUUGGCAUAUACAUAGAAAGCAAGCAGUUAUAUAAAUAUUUAUAAAUAAUACUAGUUUUUUUACAUAGAGCAAUUGAUUGAAUGAUUGCAAAAAUAUGUAGUGUGAAAGUAAACUGUGUAAUUCAACUAAUAUUUAAAAACUGUAAAUAUUUUGCUCUAUAAAACUAGUUUGAUCAAAAGGUAAACUGAGAACAUAAUUGAUGCAAAAAAAUGUUGUCCUGGUUUUCAAGGUGAUUUUAUUUUAUUGUAAAAAGAGAAUAUGAAUAAAAUAAAGUACAUUAAUACGAAAA